AAUGAUUAGUAAGGCGGCGCGUCCUUCCACGCGCGCGUAGACCCAAGUGUCGACUAGCUUCACUCAUCAACUAAAAAGCUGAGAACCUUGUCGCUCCACACAUGCAUCGAUCCUUCACAAACAACAUCUCCAAAUUCUCUCACUCAUCUACUCUUCCCCCCCUUCAUACACCCAGCUGUUCAAAUUGUCUGCUUCUUCUUCUGCUUUUUAUCAUCAAAUAAUAAGAGAGCUACCCAGAAGCUAUACAUCCAAAGUCAUAGAAGGUGGGGAAAGUGUGUGCUGAUUUACGUCGAAAAUGAGUUUUAAUCCGGUGGUUAAACGAGGGUUUGUGGUGAAUUCUUGUGUGGAGUGAUGGGUUUUAAUUUAGUUUUUGAACAAGGGUCUGUGGUGAAAUCUUGUUUGGAGUAAUGGGUUGUGUUUAUUCUAUAGAUUGUAAUUGUAUCGGUGAUAUAUGUGCACCUAGAGAUGCUAAAUCGAAAGAUGCUGAUAAUGUGAACGCCUCUGAGAUUGGCGUGUUUUCGCCUAGUAAGGAUGAUGAUGGCGAAGCGAAUCAGAAUCCUGAAGUGGGUAUAACAAGAUUACGAAGGGUUUCGGCGCAGUUUCUACCUCCUGACGGGUCGAGAAUUGUUGUUGUUCCAAAUGGGAAUUACAGGCUGCAGUAUUCCUAUCUGUCUCAAAGAGGGUAUUACCCCGACGCACUUGAUAAAGCGAAUCAAGAUAGUUUUUGCAUUCAUACCCCGUUUGGGACGAAUCCGAAUGAUCAUUUCUUUGGUGUUUUUGAUGGGCAUGGAGAAUUCGGGGCUCAGUGUUCGCAAUUUGUGAAGCAGAAGUUAUGUGAGAAUUUACUUAGAAACAGCCGGUUUCACGUUGAUCCGGUUGAAGCGUGUCAUGCUGCGUUUUUAUCCACGAAUGCUCAACUACAUGCUGACAUGGAUAUAGACGAUAGUAUGAGUGGGACAACCGCGAUUACCAUUUUGGUCCGUGGGAAGACGCUUUACGUUGCUAAUUCUGGCGAUUCAAGAGCUGUUAUAGCAGAAAGACGAGGGGCGGAGAUUGUGGCUGUUGACUUGUCGAUAGAUCAAACUCCGUUUAGAGAGGAUGAGCUUGAAAGGGUUAAACUUUGUGGGGCCCGGGUGCUUACUUUGGAUCAGAUUGAAGGUUUGAAGAAUCCUGAUGUGCAGUGUUGGGGCACUGAAGAAGGUGAUGAUGGUGAUCCGCCUAGGUUGUGGGUCCCGAACGGGAUGUAUCCGGGGACUGCUUUUACUAGAAGUAUUGGUGAUUCGAUUGCAGAGACGAUUGGCGUUGUAGCAAAUCCGGAAAUUGUUGCGUUGGAUCUCACACCAGAACACUUGUUCUUUGUGAUUGCUAGUGAUGGUGUGUUUGAGUUUCUUUCUAGUCAAGCUGUCGUUGACAUGGUUUCAAGCUAUACGGAUCCGCGUGAUGCUUGUGCAGCGAUUGUAGCUGAAUCUUAUCGGCUUUGGUUGCAAUACGAGACCCGGACAGAUGACAUCACUGUCAUAGUAGUCCAAAUAAGUGGACUAACUGGGGCUACAGUUGGUCAAGCAGCCAUUUCAGGGACUGCUUUAAGACCUCCAAUACCACAAGUUGUAGAAUUGUCGGGAUCAGAGUCUCCAACAACGAUGAGCUGGCAUGCUAAAAACCAGCGAGCGCGAACUGAUAUAUCGAAAACACGUUUGCGAGCAAUCGAAAGUUCUUUAGAGAACGGGCAAGUGUGGGUCCCACCAUCUCCAGGCCAUAGAAAAACUUGGGAAGAAGAAGCACACAUUGAACGGGCUUUGAAUGACCAUUUUCUUUUUAGAAAACUUACUGACUCUCAGUGUCAUGUUUUGUUGGACUGCAUGAAAAGAGUUGAAGUUCAAGCAGGGGAAACUGUGGUCAAACAGGGUGGAGAGGGUGAUUGUUUUUAUGUUGUUGGAAGUGGUGAAUUUGAGGUGUUUGCAACACAGGAGGAAACAACCGGAGCGGUUCCUAGGGUCUUACAGCGGUACACAGCCGAUAAGCUAUCGUCCUUCGGUGAGCUGGCAUUAAUGUACAAUAAACCCCUACAAGCUUCUGUUCGGGCUGUGACAAAUGGAACUCUAUGGGCCCUAAGAAGAGAAGACUUUCGAGGAAUUCUUACUUCAGAAUUUUCAAAUUUAUCUUCUUUGAAGUCACUCCGAUCCGUUGAUCUUCUCUCAAGGUUGACCAUCUUACAACUUAGUCUCAUUGCCGACACUCUUUCAGAAGUUUCCUUUUCCAAUGGACAAACAAUAGUCACUAAGGGUAAUGAUCUUUUGGGACUGUAUAUGAUCCAGAAGGGAAAAGUGAGGAUUAGUUUUAACUCGUAUAUAAGUAGUGAAAAUGCAUCGAGCCUCAUGUCGGAUAUUCAAAAAAUGGAUGAAGAGAGCGGUACGGGCACUGAGCUGUCAAUGGAGAAAAAUGAAGGGAGUUAUUUCGGAGAAUGGACACUACUUGGUGAACGCAUAGAUUCUUUAAAUGUUGUCGCUUUAGGCGAUGUGGUAUGUGCUGUUUUAACAAAAGAAAAAUUCGAGUCAGUUGUUGGUCCUCUAACAAAGAUCUUACAAGAUGGAUACAGGUCAAGAGAAACUUCUAGUGAUUUUCCACGGGAACCGGUCAGAAGUAUAGAUGCAUCUUUGCUUUCAAAAGUGCAGCUCUCGGAUUUGGAAUGGAAAACGUGUUUAUAUUCCACAGACUGCUGUGAGAUCGGGCUCGUACAACCAAAAGAUUCAGAACAUUUGUUCAGCUUAAAAAGAUUUUCAAAACAGAAGCUGAAGAAACUUGGGAAGGAAGAGCAAGUUUUGAAGGAGAAGCAACUAUUCAAAGAGAUAAGUGCAUCGGGUGGUGUGCCACAAGUGUUAUGCACGUGUGCGGACCGAACUCAUGUGGGCAUACUUUUGAACACAAUUAUUUCAUGUCCCAUUGCUUCUAUACUUCACUCUCCACUUGACGAACACUCUGCUCGUUUUUGUGCUGCCUCCGUGGUAGUAGCCUUGGAAGAUUUACACAAGGCUGGCAUUCUCUACCGAGGUGUAUCACCAGAAGUUGUAAUGUUUGCCCAAACAGGACAUGUGCAGCUAGUUGAUUUCCGAUUUGGAAAGAAAUUAUCGAGUGAGAGAACUUUUACGAUUUGUGGAAUGGUCGACUCUUUAGCUCCAGAAAUUGUCCAAGCGAAAGGCCAUGGUUUUGCUGCCGACUGGUGGGCAUUGGGAGUGUUGAUCUACUUUAUGUUACAAAGCGAAAUGCCAUUUGGUUCAUGGAGACAAAAUGAACUUGAUACCUUUGCAAAGAUUGCCAAAGGCCAAUUUACUCUCCCGGAAACUUUUAGCCCUGAAGUCGUUGAUCUCAUUACCAAGUUACUUGUAGUAGACGAGAACGAAAGACUUGGAAGCAAUGGCGUUGACUCUGUGAAAAGUCAUAUGUGGUUUAAUGGUGUCAACUGGGAAAGUGUAAAAAAUGGUAGCUGCACAGUUCCACAGGAGAUCCUCACCCGUAUCGAUCAGUAUCUUGAAACUCGUCCUGCUGACAUCUCAGCGCCAGAUGUUUCGACAAAUGAUGACGUGGACGAGCUUAACACGCCAGAAUGGCUCGAAGACUGGUAGGAGAUGGGGUCGAACUCGUGUGUAGCAACUGGUUCAAAUUAAUGGCCAUGAAUCAUUGAUCAUCUUGCUAUAAGUAUUUUGCAUAAAAUUUUAAGCAGACAUUAUACAGAGUGUAUUUAUUUUAAAUUCUUUUUCCAGCUUCUGUAAAUAGGCAUAUAUGGGUGUGUCUCCAAGAGUUUUGCGUUUGAAUCAUCACUUAUCUCUGAAGAUUUUAUUUUUGAAUAUUAAUGUAUUAUUAUAUUUA